UAGCAGUCCUCUUGAGGAUUUUUUUUCUUUCUCUCCAAACAAACAAAAAUCAAAACAAAACAAAAUUACUUUUCUCUCUUCUCACCUCAAUCUCAUAUCAUUUCAACAAAUACAUAUUGCUUUUUUUCUUUUUUUUUAAUUUUAUUUUUCAAUCCAUCUCUCUUUCUAUACAUUUUCUUCUAUCUGUCCUUCUCUAUAUGUACAGAUAGAUCUCCGCAUUCGUUUUCUCUCUUAUUUCUCUAUCAGCUUCAUUACCCAGGCCCUGACCAAACCUAAACGAAUAUUAGAGAGGAGAAAAAGAUUUUGAUUUACUUUUUGUACCAAAGAAGGGAUUUUUCAGAUAUGGGUUCGGCUCCACCUGAACUCAGCUUGGAUGUUAGACCAACUUUUCUACCCAAAACCGUCACUGAUUUUCUUAAGGAGGUUUCGAUGAUCGAAAACGUUUCUGAUAAGGUUUCUAAACUUGAUGCAUUUGUCAAGGGAUUAGAAGAAGAAAUGAAAAAGAUCGACGCUUUUAAACGCGAGCUUCCUCUUUGCAUGCUCCUCUUAAAUGAUGCAAUUGUAGCAUUGAAGGAAGAAUCAAUGCAAUGUAUAUCAUCAAAGAAUGUGAAGCCAGUUUUGGAGGAAUUUAUUCCCUUGAAGAGUAGUUCUAAGGAUGAAGAUAAAGAGACUCCAAAAGUUAAAAAGGAAAAAGAUUCUACUAAAGAUAACAAGAAAAAUUGGAUGAGCUCUGUGCAGCUCUGGAACACUGAUGAUUAUCAAACUACUGAUCCCAUUGUUGAUCUAAAACAAAAUACCAAUCUAAAAUUUCAGAAAAAUGAGGAAGAGAAUCCAUUCCAGGCAUGUAAAAGCAGGACUGAAGCCAGGGCGUUUAUGCCACUUAAAGCGUGUCAUGGUUUUCUAAGGAAGGAUGACAAAGAGGAAUUGCCUGUUAAUGGGUUGUCCCUUGGAAUAAAAAAUCCGAGGGACGAUACAGGUUCUAGUUGUUCAAGAACGAGUGGUAACAAAUCGAUUUCGUCUUCCAUCCCUAAUGCAAGGACAACUGGGCUGCAGCCACCACACCAGCAACCUAACAGGAAGCAGAGGAGAUGCUGGUCGCCUGAAUUGCAUCGGCGAUUUGUUAAUGCCUUGCAGCAACUUGGAGGCUCACAAGCUGCCACUCCAAAGCAGAUUCGAGAACUUAUGCAAGUUGAUGGCUUGACCAAUGACGAAGUGAAGAGCCAUUUGCAGAAAUACCGACUUCAUACUCGUAGAGUACCUCCUACUACAACAGCUGCUCCUGCAAACCAAUCCGUAGUUGUUUUGGGGAGUUUGUGGAUCUCCCAGGAUCAGUAUGGUGACUCCUCAAAGGCAAGCAGUUCUCAGUCUGGUUCUCCUCAAGGUCCUCUCCAGUUAGCCGGAAACACAGGAGGGACCUCUACAACAGGAGGCGAUAGCAUGGAAGAUGAUGAAGAUGCGAAAUCUGAGGGCUAUAGCUGGAGAAGUCAUAUUAACAAACCCGGAAAAGAUGAUGUAUAAACUGUAUCCACCAUGAAUUUUGCAGAUAAAAAGUAUACAUGGGAGGAAUUUAUGACUAUAUAACAAUAAUUAUAUAAUAUAUAAAAAGGAGAAGGAUCUUUUGAGAGUGAGAGAGGCUGUUAAAUUUUGCAGGAUUAGCUUUCUGAUGUAUUGAAUCUGAGUUUGUUUUCCCGGAAUUGUUAGGGGGAUUCUAAAAUGCUUCAUGUUUCCAUGGAUGAAACUGAUACCAUCUUCUUUCCAUGUCAUAAUGCUUCUAGUUUGCCUUUUAA